UGUUCUUCUUGUCGCUCUGUUUGGUUGCUGGGAAAAUGUGGACAAAGAGAAAGAAAUUAGAUAAAGGGGCAAGUCAUGGAUUCUUUUAAGUGUUUGGGAACCCAAAUAGCUGAAACUGCCACUGUAUUGAGUGUAACAGCCACUUGGCCUAGUUGGGUUGAUUUUUGUUCCCUGGAAUCUUACAAGAAUAGAAGAAUUUGUACCGAAGUUCGAUUGUGAUUUUCUUUUCUGUUCUUUUCUUUUCUUUUCUUUUUCUCUAUUUUCCCAGCCGCGAAACGGAGGGUUGAGUGAAUUUUCUUCAUUCUUUCUCCCCUGUUUGUUCAUUGCUUGGAAAAUUUAUGCUUUGUUUCUGUUGUUCUGGCUGCAGGAAGUGCUUUAAGUGGGAAAUCAGGCAGUGUGUAGUGAUUGAGUGAGGGAAAGACUGAUCGAGUGUAGAACUUUAUCCAACACGCAACAAUUUAUUGGUCAAAAGUAAUUAAAAAAUAAAAAAAGAGGAAGAAAAUAAUGAGCAUUUAAUGUGUCUUUUAGUGCUUAACAUUUGAAGGGUAGUGACUGAAGAUGGCUUUUGAGCCUUUGGUUUGGUAUUGUCAACCGGUGGCAAAUGGGGUUUGGGCAAAAGCAGCAGAAAGUGCUUUUGGCCCUUACACACCCUGUGCAGUUGACUCCAUUGUGGUUUGCAUAUCUCAUUUGGUUCUUUUGGGUCUGUGCUGUUACCGAAUAUGGCUGAUUAAGAUGGAUUUCAAAGUCCAGAGGUUCUGCUUGCAGUCGAAUUACUACAAUUAUAUGUUGGGACUGUUGGCAUGUUAUUGUACUGCAGAACCUUUAUUCAGGUUGGUGAUGGGUGUUUCGAUUUUUGAUUUGGAUGAACAGACUGGGCUCGCUCCGUAUGAGAUAGUUUCUUUGAUCAUUGAAGCUGCUACUUGGUGCUCCAUGCUGGUUAUGAUUGGUGUUGAGACUAAAAUUUACAUUCGGCAGUUUCGAUGGUAUGUCCGAUUUGGAGUCAUUUAUCUCUUGGUAGGGGAUGCUGUGAUGCUCAAUCUCAUUCUUUCUCUGAAGGAUUCCUACAGUAGAUCUGUACUCUAUCCGCCAAUCAGCUCAGUCCUCUGCCAGGUUCUGUUUGGAAUUUGCCUUCUCGUGCAUGUUCCUAAUUUAAAUCCUUAUGUGGGUUACACCCCGAUGCAAAGUGAUUCUCUGGAAAACACCAAAUAUGAAGUGCUUCCUGGAGGAGACCAAAUUUGUCCUGAGAAGCACGCAAACAUGUUUUCUAGGAUAUAUUUUGGGUGGAUGACUCCGCUCAUGCAGCAAGGCUAUAAAAAACCCAUCACUGAAAAGGAUAUUUGGAAGCUAGAUACAUGGGAUCAGACUGAAACACUUAGCAGAAGGUUCCAGAAAUGUUGGAUUGAAGAAUCUCAAAGGUCCAAGCCAAGACUUCUAAGAGCAUUAAAUUGUAGUCUUGGAGGAAGGUUCUGGCGGGGAGGCUUCUUCAAGAUUGGCAAUGAUCUUUCUCAGUUUGUGGGGCCAGUCUUACUGAACCAUCUCUUACAGUCGAUGCAACGAGGUGAUCCAGCUUGGAUUGGUUAUAUCUAUGCAUUCUCAAUUUUUAUUGGGGUGUCAUUGGGGGUGCUUUGUGAAGCUCAGUACUUUCAGAAUGUUAUGCGCGUCGGUUUUCGGCUAAGAUCAACUCUGGUGGCUGCUAUAUUCCGCAAAUCUUUAAGACUAACCCAUGAGGGUCGUAAGAACUUCCCGUCUGGAAAGAUAACAAAUAUGAUGACAACAGAUGCUAAUGCACUUCAGCAAAUAUGUCAACAACUACAUGCUUUAUGGUCUGCUCCAUUUCGUAUCAUCAUCGCUAUGGUUCUUCUUUAUCAGCAAUUAGGGGUUGCUUCCCUCCUUGGUUCAUUGAUGCUACUUCUCAUGCUCCCGAUACAGACAUUUAUCAUUAGCAAAAUGCGAAAAUUGUCCAAGGAAGGAUUGCAACGAACUGACAAGAGAGUCAGCCUCAUGAAUGAAAUUUUGGCUGCCAUGGACACUGUGAAAUGUUAUGCAUGGGAAAAGAGUUUCCAGUCUAAAGUUCAAAGCAUGCGGAAUGAUGAAUUGUCUUGGUUUCGUAAAGCACAACUGCUAUCAGCUUGCAACAGUUUCAUCCUAAAUAGCAUCCCAGUUAUUGUGACGGUAACCUCAUUUGGGGCAUUCACUUUGCUCGGUGGUGACUUAACACCUGCAAGAGCAUUUACGUCACUUUCUCUGUUUGCGGUGCUGCGGUUCCCUUUAAACAUGCUCCCCAAUUUAAUUACUCAGGUUGUAACUGCACAUGUAUCAAUACAACGUCUAGAGCAACUGUUCUUAACUGAAGAGAGAGUUCUUGCACCAAAUCCAACUCUUGAACCAGGACUUCCAGCCAUCUCAAUCAAGGAUGGAUACUUUUCUUGGGAUUCAAAGGUAGAGAAGCCCACUUUAUCAAAUAUCAAUUUGGAUAUACCAGUUGGUAGCUUAGUUGCAGUUGUUGGUGGCACUGGAGAAGGAAAGACAUCUCUCAUAUCAGCAAUGCUUGGGGAGCUGCCUCCUUUGUCAGAUGCAAGUGUUGUUAUCAGAGGGACUGUUGCAUAUGUUCCUCAAAUUUCAUGGAUUUUCAAUGCCACUGUACGGGGAAACAUAUUGUUUGGUUCUGAUUUUGAGCCUGCACGAUAUUGGAAGGCUAUAGAUGUAACUGAGCUGCAGCAUGACCUUGACUUACUUCCUGGUCAUGAUCUUACAGAGAUCGGUGAAAGGGGGGUGAAUAUCAGCGGUGGGCAAAAGCAAAGAGUUUCAAUGGCUAGGGCUGUAUAUUCUAAUUCAGAUGUAUACAUAUUCGAUGACCCUUUAAGUGCUCUAGAUGCUCAUGUCGCUCAACAGGUUUUCAGCAACUGUAUCAAAGAAGAGUUGAAAGGGAAGACUAGAGUGCUUGUUACAAACCAGCUACAUUUUCUUCCUCAUGUAGAUAGAAUUAUACUAGUCUCUGAUGGUACAGUGAAAGAAGACGGAACCUUUGAUGAUCUCUCUAAAAACAGCAAGUUAUUCCAAAAACUAAUGGAAAAUGCUGGGAAAAUGGAAGAGCAAGUGGAAGAAAAUGAGUGCAGAGAAAAUCUAAGUAACAAUAAAUCAAAGCCCACUACUAAUGGUGAAGUGAAUGAGCUGCCAAAAAAUGCAAUCCAUUCAAAUAAAGGGAAAGAAGGCAAAUCUGUCCUUAUCAAGCAGGAAGAACGAGAAACAGGCAUUGUUAGUUGGAAGGUUUUGAUGAGGUAUAAAGAUGCAUUAGGGGGCCUAUGGGUAGUUACACUACUUUUUGCAUGCUAUGUGUUGACUGAAGUUCUUCGAGUUUUAAGUAGCACCUGGUUAAGCGUCUGGACGGAUCAAAGCAUGUCAAAGGAUUAUAGACCUGGUUACUACAAUUUGAUUUACGCACUUCUAUCAUUUGGUCAGGUAAUGGUGACAUUGGGAAACUCAUUUUGGUUGAUCACUUCAAGUCUUCAUGCAGCCAAAAUAUUGCACAAUGUCAUGUUAAACUCUAUUUUAAGAGCUCCAAUGGUAUUCUUCCACACCAACCCUAUUGGACGGAUAAUCAAUAGGUUUGCAAAGGAUCUUGGCGAUAUAGAUCGCAAUGUUGCCCCGUCUGCUAAUAUGUUUCUGGGUCAAGUGUGGCAGCUCCUUUCCACUUUUGUACUGAUUGCCAUUGUCAGCACCAUAUCCCUGUGGGCCAUAAUGCCACUUCUGAUAUUGUUUUAUGCAGCCUAUCUAUAUUACCAGAGCACAUCCCGUGAAGUCAAACGUUUGGAUUCCAUCACCAGAUCUCCUGUAUAUGCCCAAUUUGGAGAAGCAUUAAAUGGUUUAUCAACCAUUCGAGCAUAUAAAGCAUACGAUCGGAUGGCAAGUAUAAAUGGGAAAUCCAUGGAUAAUAAUAUCAGAUUCACCCUUGCUAACAUUAGCUCAAAUCGAUGGCUCACCAUAAGGCUGGAAACAUUAGGAGGCCUCAUGAUUUGUUUGACAGCAACCUUUGCUGUCAUGGAGAACAGCAGAGAAGAAAACCCGGCAGCAUUUGCAUCUACAAUGGGUCUACUCCUUAGUUAUACUUUAAAUAUCACGAGCCUGUUAAGUGGUGUUCUUAGACAAGCCAGCAGGGCUGAAAAUAGUUUUAAUGCUGUUGAGCGUGUUGGCACCUAUGUUGAUUUGCCUUCUGAGGCUCCAACUAUUAUAGAGAGCAACCGUCCCCCACCUGGUUGGCCUUCAUCAGGAUCUAUCAGGUUUGAGGAUGUUGUUCUGCGUUACAGGCCUGAACUUCCUCCAGUUUUGCAUGGAAUAUCAUUUAAAAUUUCUCCAAGUGAGAAGCUAGGCAUAGUUGGAAGAACUGGUGCAGGGAAAUCUAGCAUGAUCAAUGCUCUAUUUCGGAUUGUAGAACUAGAAAGAGGAAGAAUAUGGAUAGAUGAGUAUGACAUUGCAAAAUUUGGACUCACAGAUCUGCGUAAAGUUUUAAGCAUUAUACCACAAUCUCCAGUUCUUUUCUCUGGAACUGUAAGAUUUAAUCUUGAUCCUUUCAAUGAACACAAUGACGCUGACCUUUGGGAGGCUUUAGAGAGGGCACAUCUCAAGGAUGUCAUCAGGAGAAAUUCUUUUGGUCUGGAUGCUGAGGUUGCGGAGGGAGGGGAGAAUUUCAGUGUUGGGCAGAGACAAUUAUUAAGUCUUGCUCGAGCAUUGCUGCGAAGAUCAAAGAUUCUUGUUCUUGAUGAAGCAACUGCAGCAGUUGAUGUUAGAACUGAUGCUCUUAUUCAAAAGACUAUCCGAGAAGAAUUCAAAACAUGCACCAUGCUUGUUAUUGCUCACAGACUAAAUACCAUCAUUGAUUGUGAUCGGAUUCUUGUCCUUGAUGCUGGUCAGGUGGUAGAGUAUGAUACUCCAGAAGAACUGCUUCAAGACGAAGGAAGCUCUUUCUCUAGAAUGGUCCGAAGUACAGGGGCUGCAAAUGCCCAGUACUUACGCAGCUUAGUAUUUGGAGAGGAUGGACAGAAAAAAUCAGGCAGAGAAGAGGCCAAGCAAUUGGAUAGGCAGAAAAGAUGGCUUGCUUCUUCCCGCUGGGCUGCUGCUACGCAGUUUGCACUUUCUAUUAGCCUGACAUCUUCACAGAAUGGCCUUCAAUUUUUGGACGUUGAAGACGAGAUGAAUAUCCUCAAGAAAACAAAUGAUGCAGUACUUACUCUGCGGGGAGUUCUGGAGGGAACACAUGAUGAAGUCAUUGAAGAGAUGCUAAAGGAAUACCAGGUUCCUAGAGAUAGGUGGUGGUCAGCUCUCUACAAAAUGGUUGAAGGUCUUGCAGUGAUGAAUCGGUUGGCUCGCCACAGGUUUCAACAGUCAGAACAUGAUUUUGAAGACACAACACUUGAUUGGGACCUUACUGAAAUGUAAGGCACCCAAAAUGUAUAAAAUCAAUGGGUUACAGUGCUACAUCUUUUUAAGGCAAAGAGAAAAUGGUCAUGUAGAGAGCUCUGCCCUCAUUCAGAAUAAAAUACCUUAUUAUGAAUCUAGUCUGGAUCGAAGUUGCAGGAACCUGAGCUAAAAGAUCAGCUCAGCUUGUAUCAUAUGAUAAAUUGUAAGCUGCAAUAACAUAUUACAAUUAGUCCUAUAAUUUUGAAAGGAGGCUUCUGGACUAGUUUAUAUUCAA